CCAGUGAGAAAGCUCGGCGAUUUCUUCAUGAAUUAUAGAUCAACCGGUAAAAAUGCGGGCUCCUUUUAACCACCACACACAGAAGGGUUAGGCUGUCUCCUGAACUACAUAGCUCCGUACUCCGCCCGGAUACACGGACAAGCGAAUUCAAUAAAGUGCAGUGAGUGGCUUGGCUAACGUUUGUGUUUCAUUCCUUGCUUCCUUCGUUGCCCUAACAGCCCAGUGCUUUUUACACGGAAGAGAUGCAGCGGGAGUAUGCCAAGUAUGGGGUCACGUUUGUCCUUAUUUUGCUCACUGCGAUUAUAUUUGCAACAUCGGCGAUCCACCCGAAGCUUUACACCAACCACUUCUUGGUUGAGUUGCACCGAGGCGGAGACGAUAUAGCCCGGCGAGUUGCUGCAGAUACCGGCUUCACUGCUGUGAGAAAGCUUCCAUUUGCUGAAGGACUCUAUCAUUUCACUCAUAGUGGCAUCCCUAAGGCCAGAAAAAGACGCAGUCUUCAUCACAAGUAUUAUCUGGAAAGAGACACAAGGGUAAAACAUGCCAUACAGCAAGAAGGCUUUAACAGAAAGAAGCGAGGAUAUCGUAGCAUCCAUGAAAUUGGUAUCACGAUGAAUGAUCCUUUGUUUUCAAAACAAUGGUAUCUUGUCAACACUGGCCAAAUAGAUGGAACUCCUGGGUUAGACCUUAAUGUAGCUGAGGCUUGGAAAAUGGGUUAUACUGGGAAAGGAGUAACCAUAGCAAUCAUGGAUGAUGGGAUUGACUACUUACACCCAGAUCUUGCAGAAAACUAUAAUGCAGAUGCUAGCUAUGACUUCAGCAGCAAUGAUCCCUAUCCAUACCCUCGCUAUACAAAGGAUUGGUUUAACAGCCAUGGGACAAGAUGUGCUGGAGAAGUAUCAGCUGCCGCCAAUAACAAUAUAUGUGGUGUUGGGGUGGCUUACUCCUCAAGAGUGGCAGGCAUUCGUAUGCUGGACCAACCGUUCAUGACGGACAUUAUAGAAGCUUCUUCUAUCAGCCACGUGCCUCAAGUUAUAGACAUCUAUAGUGCUAGUUGGGGACCAACUGAUGAUGGCAAAACUGUGGAUGGACCUCGUGAGCUGACUUUGCAAGCUAUGGCUGAUGGUGUUAAUAAGGGUCGGAAUGGAAAGGGAAGCAUUUACGUCUGGGCUUCGGGUGACGGGGGCAGCUAUGAUGACUGCAAUUGUGAUGGCUACGCAUCAAGCAUGUGGACCAUUUCCAUCAACUCUGCCAUCAAUGAUGGGAGGACAGCACUUUACGACGAAAGUUGCUCCUCAACCCUUGCGUCUACAUUCAGCAAUGGGAGGAAGAGGAACCCAGAGGCCGGCGUGGCAACGACUGAUUUGUAUGGGAACUGCACUCUUCGCCAUUCUGGAACAUCUGCCGCAGCACCAGAAGCCGCUGCUGUCUUUGCUUUGGGUUUGGAAGCUAAUCCAAAUCUAACGUGGCGAGACAUGCAGCACCUGACUGUGCUGACAUCCAAGCGCAAUCAGCUGCAUGACGAUGUUCAUAAAUGGAGAAGAAAUGGCGUGGGUCUAGAGUUCAAUCACCUCUUUGGUUAUGGCGUUCUUGACGCUGGAGCUAUGGUAAAAAUGGCCAAAGACUGGAGAACAGUUCCUGAAAGGUUCCACUGUAUUGGAGGAUCGAUUCAAGAACCUCAGACAAUCUCGUCAGAAGACAAGCUGAUCCUUACAAUAUCAACUGAUGUGUGUGAAGGGAGGGGUAAUUUUGUCCGCUAUCUAGAACAUGUUCAAGCUGUGAUAACUGUAAAUGCCACUCGGCGAGGAGCCCUGAACAUCAACAUGACUUCGCCCAUGGGCACAAAAUCCAUUCUGCUCAGCCAAAGGCCAAGGGAUGAUGACUCCAAGGUGGGUUUUGAUAAGUGGCCUUUCAUGACAACACACACUUGGGGAGAAGACCCCAGAGGAACUUGGGUCCUAGAAGUUGGCUUUGUUGGUGACACUGUGCAGAAAGGUGUGCUCAAAGAAUGGACCCUAAUGUUACAUGGGACUCAAAGUGCUCCUUACAUAGACCAAAUAGUGAAUGACUACCAAUCCAAACUGGCCAUGUCUAAGAAGGAGGAGUUGGAGGAAGAAUUAGAUGAAGCAGUGGAGAGAAGCUUGAAGAAUCUGCUGAAACAAAACUAUCCUCAGUAAACGCUGCAUGUCGGUCUUACAUCCCCAAAUCGUACACCCCAGCUGCUUUGUGAUUUUAAAACUACUGAAAGUAAUGUUUCCUGUAGCAAAGUCAUCACACCUUGUCACAAUUUUAAACUCAUCUGUUGUAUAUUGUCAGUAAAUAAUUAAAUUUAAAUGACAAUUUUUUACACAGAUAAUGUAAUUCUGCAAAUUUUAUGUACAGUUUGUGACACUGUAAAAGAAUUUUGGUGUGCGAAAUUUAAAAGUGAAAUCUUGCAAGCAAAGCAGUGACAGUUUUUCUUUAUAUUUUUGUGGUAAAUGUUUAUAUAAAAAGGUGUGUUUCCAAUUUACAGGCAAUGGUUUGAGCAUAUUUUUGUAGCUUACCCAAAUUAAUAGCAAACUUAUCUUGGCUGGCAAAAGCACUUUACAUUCUGAAUGGAUAACACUGAGUCAUAUACACCCACCUCCUUCAUUGCCAAUUCCCUAUGAAAUGAGUUAUUUCUCUACUGUGGAAUAGUUCAAAAUCAGACCAAUGGUACAUUAAUAGGUUAUUAUUCAAUGAUCAAACUUGGUGCAUAUUGUAAUUGCGGGUACCUACUUUAUUUUCUGCUCUGCUAUAUUAAAAAGAACAUAACCCAAAGUCAAAUCUUUGAAGAUGAAAGCCUAGCUUUUGAAUUGUAUAUAUUUGUAUAUUCAGGCAAAACAGUGGUAUUGAAUAGUAGCAAGGAAAUUCUGCACAUCAUUUAUAAUACAUUAUAAAAUUGUGGGGAAAUAAGAUAUCAAUAAGCUUGAAAGAGUACAGAGAAAAUUUGCAAGGAUGUUGCUGGGUCUUGUGCAAUAGGGUAGGAUUAAAUAGGUUAGGACUUUACUCCCCCCUCAUGUCAGAUGAGACUAGGUUAUAGGUUUUGGUUGAAAGGUGAAAUAUUUAAGGGGAAUUUGAGGGGGAUCUUCUUCACUCAGAGAGGUGGUGUGAGUGUGGAAUGAGCUGCUACUGAAAAUGGUCAUUUAAGAGUAGUUAGGAUAGAUACGUGGAUGGGAGAGGGUUUGGAGGGCUAUGAUCCACGUGCAAGUAGAUGGAACGAAAACCAGGCCAGCACAGACUAGAUGAGCCAAUGGCUCUACAAGUGAACAGUAUGACUCUAUACACUGAUCCCUGUACUUUCAUAUCUAAUGCUAUUACAUUGACUUUGGUGAAAAAAUUACAAUUCAUGCAUUGCACAUUUCGUUGAACUAAAUUCCCUUCCCUGAUAAAGGGCCUAGGAUGUGAAUCAUGAGAUGUUUAACUUUACACAAGUGCUGCCUGACCUACUGUGUUUUCAUUCAAAUUUCCAUUACCUUGUUUGAAAUAGAACAAUCUCACCAAGCAUCUGGAAAGGGAAAUGAAAAGGAAGCAAGCAAUCCCAACCUCUUAUUAACUGUGAAAGGACACCCAACCUCACAAUUCAUCACUUAAGAAAAUAGAUCAGCUCCCUCCACCUGCCUUUUUUCCAUUGUCCUUUGUGUAGCAAUCUCAGAAGUAUGAUCUUCAGUUAGCAGAGUUUCAACAUUUGUUUGGGAAAGAAUGUUCCAGGUUUCUACUACCAUUUCUGUGAAGAACUGCUUCUUGAAAGCACCACAGAAUAACGCAGCUCAAAUCUAGUUAAAUCACCCUUACUGUUCUGGACUCUCUUGAGGAGAAAUGAUAAGUAGAAAGAAAGAAUCAUUUCUUUUAAAAUGCCUUAAGCAUCUUAAGUAGACCAUAAUCUACAGCACUCAUGGUCUACAUUUUGCACCCUAUUCUUCGUCUAAAACAUGAAUUCCCUCACUCUCAGCACUUCCUGGCUGCUGUGUUUUCCACCUACAAAUUGCAUUGCAGUGAUUUAUCUACAUAAUCUGGCACUUUUGAAGUCAGCAACCUCUAUCAGCAAGAAAAACAAGGGAUAGGUACACAGCCACCUACUGGCUGCCAUGUCAUAUAUAAUCGUACCCUAAGAAUAUAUCUACUUUCCUAUAAUAUUGUCCAAAUCCUGGAACUUCUGAUCCAACUGAGGGAGUCCCUUUCUAGUUUUAAAUGUAGAGAUGAUGUGUUUAACACCUGUUUCUCUAUUAAUGCAAGCAUAAGCAGUCGGCACAGGAGGUGAUUUCAUAGUCCAUUUAGCUUUCUAUGCCAUUUGGCAAGUCACAGCCGAGCUUUAUCCCAAGCCCCGUUCUGCCUGAAUUCCUUAAUUUUCCCGAACUCUGAAAAUUAGCCUUGGUUAUGGUAACAACAAUGCAUCCACAUCUUUCUGGAGAAGAGAAAUAUAUAGAGCAACAAAAUACUUGUUUGGCAUACUAAAUGUUGAACUCAUUGUCCCAUGGCUCCACGUUCUUUGGAAGACUUUGGAAGAGUUCUCAACUGAUAGACUGGAGACAACAUAGUGGUGUCUGAAGAGAGGAUGCUGUCCAAGUUGCAUGCCAUCUUGGACAAUGUCUCCCAUCCACUACAUAAUGUACUGGGUGGGCACAGGAGUACAUUCAGCCAGAGACUCAUUCCACCGAGAUGCAACAUGAAGCGUCAUAGAAAGUCAUUCCUGCCUGUGGCCAUCAAACUUUACAACUCCUCCCUUGGAGGGUCAGACACCCUGAGCCAAUAGGCUGGUCCUGGACUUAUUUCCUGGCAUAAUUUACAUAUUACUACUUAAUUAUUUAUGGUUUUAUUACUAUUUAAUUAUUUAUGGUGCAACUGUGAUCAAUAAAGUAUG